AUGGGCUCAAUCGCAUCACCGCUGGCAGCCUCCACCGGCAUCUUGGAGACAGAAUCGCCUCAUCAGGCCUUCCGUGAAUCACUUCGGGGGCAGCGGGCAAUCAUCCCCAAACUCUAUGAUCUUUUCCCAGAGUGGAGUCCGCGGUUUCAUCCAGACUGGCAGAAAGCUCGCGAAGAUUCCUUGAACCCAUGGCUGAAUCGCUGGGUUGAUGAGGACAAAAUCCGUGCCAAGCUCAAGGCGGCCGACUUCGCCAUAUUUGCUUCGAUCAUUUGUGCGGAAGCAUCAUUUGAAAAGCUUUGCACCGUGUCGAAGUUUUUUGCAUGGUAUUUCGUUUGGGAUGACCAGUUCGACUGCGGCUCACUGACCUUUGACACGGAGGGUCGAGCGGCGUACCAGCAAAAAAGCAAAGAAUAUUUUGAGCAUGUGCUUUUACUUAAAGGUAGUCGCCCAGAUUUGUCGACAUUCACGAACGGACAGCGGAUGGCUCUUUUAUGCUGGGACGAAAUAGCAGAGCAUAUUCGCAAAUGUUGCAGCCCAGAGGUUUGCGAAAUUAUCUUGCAGACUUUGUUGCCAUUUGUCGGAAGUGUCGACACGGUGGAUUCAAUUCUCAAGAACGACACUGUGCCCACUGUGGCGCAGUAUUGGGAGCGCCGAGACCUCACAGCGGCUGUCUAUCCGGUGAUAGCGACACUUUUCUUCAUAUAUGGGGCUUCCGCCCAUGUGUCCAGCCUGCAAGACCCUCGACUGGCAACAUUAUGGAAGAACACAUCAUAUAUUGUGCAUAUUACAAACGACAUGCUGUCUAUGCUAAAAGAAGCGAGGGACGGUCAAAUUGAAGGGCUAGUGCCCGUUCUCAUGCUUAACUUUGGACUAGAUUGCGCCACAGCCAUGCAAUGGAGCUUUCAGCUUGCUCAGGUUCAAGUCAAGGGUAUUCGUGCGAUAGAGAGUAGCUUGGCGAAGGACCAUGAUGAGAAGGAUGCAGUCAGCAAACUGCUGAAAGAUGUCUUCCUUGAAGGCUGCAAGGACGUCGCGAUGGGGCUAAUUCACUGGAGUUACCAUGGACAGCGCUAUUUUCGAAAGAAUGAUAUUGGCGAUGACUACGUGAUUGAAUUUGUGAUAUGA